AUGCCCAAAUCUGAUGAUAUAGUAUGGCAUGAGGACUUAGCGAAUUCUGAAGGAAACUCGAGCACACGGUCGCGGCUGGUGCCCACUUUUUGGCGAUUCAUGAACCGCCGAAUAGCGCGUAGUGGUCGUUCUGGUCCUGCCUCGCCCGCCAGACGGAAAAUCGCUGAAAGCAAAGACUUGAAACUAGAGGAGCCUAGAGAUUUACUGCAAGCUUUACAAGCCGAAGAAGCUGCUGCUGAAGAAGCAGAAAAGUCUCCAAACGUAGACAAGGACUUCGCAGGUAGCGCUCCGAGCUCGUCACCUGAAGUUUCUGACGAAGACGAUUUUUCUGACGCCCUGGAUGGCUCAAGAUCCCUCAAGCGUGCUGUUUCUUCGCAAAGGUCGCCUGUUAGACGCAGUGAGACGGUGAAAACCAAAGCACCAAAAACUAGGUCUGCAUCGCCCAGAAGACUUAAGAGUGAGACCCUUCCAGACCCUGGGUUCGUGACAGCAAGUUCCUCGCCUAUUAAAUCCCAUGUUUUUGCAUCGCCGGCAAAAUCGCCGGCCAAACCGGUUCUGAAUAAGUCACCCUUCAAGAUCACUCUUGACCGAAAUUUUACCCCUACGCCACUGCCUUACGAAGGUGAAUACCAACCCCCGCAGGAAAAGCACCUCACUUACUUCUUUGAUGGGUUCGAAGGUUAUAUUGAUCAGAAAAAGCCUAUUCGCGCAAACAAGAAAUCUACCAACUCGAUGGGCAUGGCACCCCAAAUCACCAGGGAGGAAUUCUCGCUACUGUCAAACACGCUCAAUUCGUGGCUUCAUCGCGACGGAAAGCGCUCCUUGCAGCAUAUACAGCGGGUCAUGUUUCCGCAAUAUUGGUUUGAGCUCGAUCAGGGCUUUUCACUGCUAUUCUACGGAGUCGGCUCCAAGCGCAAAUUCCUCGAGGAGUUUGCAGUCGAGUAUUUGUCACCACGGCUAGUGAUAUCUGAAGAGCUCAACUACGGAGUUGAUGUGGCUGGUGGGGAAGUUUCUGGCGGCGAACCUGGUGGCGAACCUCUCAGCGAUCUGGACGACGAUACGGUGGAAGGCGUUCCUUGCGUUGUCAUCAAUGGCUACAACCCAACCUGUAAUUAUCGAGACGCGUUCCACUCAAUUUCGCAAAUCAUGCUGAAGGAGGAGCUUUCUAAGUCUGAAACCAAGUACUGGAGCAACCACGUUGAGCUGCAGAUCAACAAGAUGGUCGAGGUGUACCGCCACGCCGCGCCGACUAUCAAGCUCAUCGUCAUGGUCCACAAUUUGGACGGCCCUAUGGUUCGCAAAGACGCUUUUCAGAGCAUGUUGAGCUCGCUUGCCCGUGUCCGUCAAAUUGCACUUAUCGCGUCGACCGAUCAUGUCUAUGCUCCGCUGCUGUGGGAUCACGUCCGUGCCCAAAAUUUCAACUUUGUCUUCCACGAUAUCACCAACUAUGAAAGUUACGCUGUUGAGUCCUCUUUCAGCGAUGUCUUGAAGCUGGGCAAGAGCCACACUACCACAGGAGCCGAAGGUGCUCGCUACGUCCUAGAGUCCUUGACGGCCAACUCCAAGCGCAUGUACAAAUUGCUUAUCGAGACCCAGCUCAGCGCCAUGGAAAAUUCCAAUACCAAGGUAUCUGGCACCAAGAAGGGCAGCCACGCCUUUGGAAUUGAGUUCAAGCAAUUUUACCAUAUGUGUGCUGCUGAGUUUAUUUCCUCCAAUGAAGUCUCACUGAGGUCCAUGCUGGGCGAGUUUAUCGAGCACAAGAUGGCUGCCAUGUCCAAAAACAGGUCCGGGGCCGAAACCCUUUACGUGCCCUACGUCUACUCAGAAAUGCAGACACUUUUACGUGACGUUUUGACCCCUUAA